AUGACUGCCAAUGGUGAAAAAUGGUACUACACAAAAGACCAAUUACAAAACUCGCCAAGUCGAAAGUGUGGUUAUAACGCUGAUAAAGAAUUAAAUUAUAGACAACAGGCUGCUGAUUUAAUUAACGAUAUUGGUGAAAGACUUAAAUUGCCACAAUCAAUUAUAUGCACAGCGAUUGUUUACAUGCAUAGAUUUUAUGUACAUCAUUCGCUGCAAAAGUUUCAUAGAUAUUCAAUUUCUGCAGUAGCAUUAUUUUUGGCUGCUAAAGUUGAAAACAUGCCCAGAAAAUUAGAAUGGACUAUAAAAACAUUGAAUGCUUGCAUAGGUAGAGAAAUUGAUUACGGUUCAACAAGAUCUGAAGAAUAUUUGAAAGAAGAAAAUCAUAUAUUAUUUUGUGAAAAUGUUUUACUUCAGACAUUAGGUUUUGAAUUUACUGUUAUUCAUCCACAUGUUUAUGUUCUCCAAAUUUGUCAAGAUAUCCAAGCAAACAAAGAGUUAACACGCACCUCCUACUUCAUGGCGAUAGAAAGUUUACACCUUACGACAAUGUGUCUCCAAUAUAAGCCAAAAGUUGUUGCAUGCUUUUGCGUUUACUUUGCAAGCAAAUGGUCUAGUUGGGAGAUUCCAUUGAGUAGAGAAGAAAAAACUUGGUACUCAUAUAUCGAUUCGUCAAUCACAUUAAAAUUACUUGAAGAAUUAACUCAAGAAUUUUUGGCUAUCUUUGAUAAAAGUCCAUCUCGUUUGAAGCAUAAAGUUAUGGAUAUUAUGAAUGGACAUUCAGAAUCUAAGUUAAAACAGCAUCAACAUGAACAAUCUUUACCGUCAUUGCCACCACUUUCAUCUUCCGCUUUACAACCACCCCUGAGAAGUCUAUUCAUACCGAUUGAAUUUUCUAAACCUGCUGAUAGUAUUCAAAGACAACAGUCCUUUGAUAAUGUGUUAAAGCCAGUUUGUCUUAAUAGUUGUAAUAAAUCUAAAUUAGCACCCAUUAACGAUAAUAUUAAAUCUACUGAUACGCGAAAAAAAAAUAUUGCAAGUCAUUUUAAUUUAGAAUCGUCUAUUGUUAAAGAUAAUAGUUUAAGAACACCAAUAAUCGUAAGAAUUCCUGAAGAAAAGAUUAAAAUAGAAUCUGUUAAACGUAAACCAGUUUUAAAUAUAAAAAAUAGAAUAAAUAGGAGUCAACAUUACCAUGUUAAUGAUAAUAAUAACUGUGAAAGUAUUAUUGAUGUAGAGAAUGUUUCGCCUCAGAUUAAAAGAAUUAAAUAUGAUCAGCGUUUUAGUUAA